GAAGCCUUCAAUUACACGACUUUUCUACCUCCGCGCGCCCCUCUCUCUCUCUCUUUCUCUUUCUCUCUCAGGCGGCGUGACCAUCUGCAGCAUCAGAUCUAUGCUUCUUGUCUUCCUUCGUCUCUGUCAAUGGCCAGUUUUAUUCGAUUGCAAUUUACUGCAUAAGACAAGUGCCUGAUUGGCCUGAUUGCCUGACCGGCGAUAUAUUGUUCAACUGUUUCUUUUAUACUUUUUAGAUCUGGUGUUAUAAAUUGCAGAAUCCGAUCAUCUACUUCGUUAUGAUUGGAUUUCUGUAUCAGUAGAUCCUCAGCUUCUGGUUUCUAUAUAUAUAUUAUUGAGGUUCUCACAUUGACGUGUUGCUGUACUGCUAUAUUGAUUGAUUGAUUGAUUUGAGAAACAGAGAGGCGAUAGUUUGGACUAAAUCAGAUAUCAUCCAGUUCGAGACGGAGAUGGAUUUGGAUGAAUUUCGGAGAAUUCUGUUGAAUUCGAAUGUCGAUGUGUGGAAUUUCAUUGAUACGGCAAUUACCGUUGCUUCUUUGGACUAUGGAGACGAACUCAAGACUCGAAGAGAUAGAAUCGUUGAGAACUUGUACACGCAAUACCGUUCCCGGAACUCCGAUACCGACGAUCACAUGCAGAACGGUGGUUAUCGAAGCAACAAAGUUGUAGCAGGGACGAAUAGAGAAGACAGUAGUCCUGUGCAGCGAAAUAAUAUAGGUUCACCUUCGACUCCUGAAUCAAUUCAUUCACAUGACGGCGAUGGAGAAGAAGAAGAAGAACGAGAUCCAUACGCUUCUCUGUUCGACGAUGAGGAGGACGAAGAGACUAAAGUUGUCAGAAUCAAAGACUGCCUUGAAGAUCCUGAUCAGUCUGAAGAUUCUCUGGUUAUGUCACUCCAAAGUCUAGCGGACAUGGAUAUUACAUUCAAUGCUCUAAAGGUAACUGACAUUGGAAGAUAUGUAAAUGGGUUGAGGAAGCAUCCUUCUAAUGAGGUGCGAAGAUUGGUUAAACAACUGGUGAGAAAAUGGAAAGAUUUGGUUGAUGAAUGGGUAAAAGGAAACGAUAAUGGAUCAGCUUCAAACCACCUUAUUGCUUAUGGAGACUCUCCUCCACCUCAAAGUACUGGUCCAUCGAAGAAUAUUCAAAAUGGUCACCACCAGAUUCCUGAUUUUGCCUUCUCUCCAAAUCGUGGCAAUGGUAGCUCUUCUGGUUCUGAUAAGAAUGGUUCGCCUCCUGAACAACCGAAAGCUAGAUCAAUAUCAAGAAGAGAGCCUCCUCCUAAACCAGUUCAAUCCAAACCAGCUUAUACUGCUCCACCUCUCAAUAGACAACAAAAGGAGAAGGAAAAGGAGUCGAAUUUCGAUCUUGAGAAGUUGGCUUCUGCAAGGAAACGACUUCAGGAGAAUUACAAAGAAGCAAAAGAUGCAAAAAAACAAAGAAAGAUUCAGGUGAUGGAUAUUCACGAGAUACCAAAACCAAAGAAUGCAUUCUUCGCCAAGAACAGAGGCGGCCCUCAGGGAGGAGGAGGAGGAAGGUACCGGUGAAAUCAUCGACGGCGGCGGUUAAGGAUGAUUGAAAAAAUGUUUAAUAUAAACAAAGACAUUUGCUAUAACUUGACAGGGAUUGCCUUAAAAAGUUAAUUAAAAACAUCUUUUUUUAUUUUAAGAAAAAAAAUAUUAUUGUUUUUAAGGCGUUUGUCGAGUCGUCCAUGUGGGAUGUUGUGUCUUGAAGAGGGGAGGAGAGAGAGAGGGAGGAGAGAGAAGUCCCCACUUGUUGACUGCAAAAUAGUUGGAAAGUGGGCCCCAAAUAAUGUGAAGUGAUAGUCUGAGGGCUCCAAACGGUAUUUCUUCCCUUAUUUUUUAUAUGUGGUUGAGAUUUUAUUUUU